GUGGGGCAGACCAUAAUAAAACACUUCCCCAUGCUUUGCAGUGCGUGGCUAACAGCGAGGGAAACAGUCGGAAAUGGCGGCGGACUGGAAAAAGAAGUGCGAUUCCCAGUGGCAGCUGGGGGCUCACGGUGUCCCCAUGCCCGACAGCGUGGACUGGAAAUUGGUGUACGAGAAGAAGCCGUUAAAGCGCAACUUACUGAAGAACCCCUCGCCUUACGGUGUAAACCACACCGUGCCACCACCUGAACCCCAUCGGUCGGAAAUGCCUCCUCCUCCAGACCGGCCACCUCAGUUAGAGCCCGAUGGCAAUUUCUCUGGCUGGAAAACUAGUACAGAAGUUUUGCCAUACGACACUAGUGGAAUACCCCCCGGGGUUGUGAUCUGCCAGCUGCCUCAGUACAGGUGGUUUUCUCUGGAGCAGCAUGUGGACCUGAAGGCAGAGGGUCUGUGGGACAAACUGCUGGAUGAGUUUCAGCCUGAGAUAGUCAUUGAGGACUGGUAUGAGGAAAGCCAGCUUCAUAAAUCUAUCUAUCAGCUCGAUGUGAAGCUCUUGGGUGCUGAUGCUAAGACAGUCAUCAAGCAGCAUUCAUUUAACCCUGAAGAGAACCUGGAGCACUACGCACACACCUGGAAAAAGGUCUCCCAUGUAUUCUCCAAGUAUGGGCCGGGGGUGAGGUACAUUCACUUCCUCCACAGACUGAAGAACCAGUUCAUGGUUGAAUUCUUUAAUACCAAAGUCACAGGCAGCUCGAUUAUUGUCAAGACCAGCAAAUCCAGUGUGAAAUAAUGCAACACAUUAAAAUAAACCGGUAGGAGUUGAUGCAUCCCUGCCAGUUGAUGUAGACUUUGAGAUGUAGACUAUUUAGAACAAAGCACUAAUUGUUUCAAAUGCUUUAUAAAUUGACUGCACUUUCAUAAGAUGUAUCCAGCAGCUUAAUAAUGUAAUAAAACAUUCCUCAUUCA